AUGGGAGGUUUGAAUUUGGGUGGUGCAGUUGAAGAGAGCCAUUUGGUACCGGGGCAGACGAAAAGGUCUUGCUCGUCUUCAAAGAAGAGCUGCCAAAACAGCCAGAACCAGGUUGUUAUGAGUCCACCGCGGCCGCAGCAAGCGAAGAGCAGUAGGGGAAGGAAAGGAAGGCAAGGGAAGAAGAUGGAUUCUAAAUUUCUAAUAAAAGAAGAAGCGAUGGCGGAAUCCAGCAGCGCAGAUACGAGGACCACCGUCAUGAUCAAGAACAUUCCCAAUAAGUACAGUCAGAAGCUACUAUUGAAUAUGCUGGACAACCACUGUAUUCACUGCAACGAGCAGGUUGUUGCCAACGGCGGCGGUGAUGAUGGUGAUGAUGAUGAGCAGAAGCAGCCUUUCUCCUCCUACGAUUUCGUAUAUCUUCCCAUUGAUUUCAAUAACAAGUGCAAUGUGGGAUAUGGGUUUGUGAACAUGACGUCGCCGGAGGCAACGUGGAGGCUGUACAAGGCCUUCCAUCUUCAGCAUUGGGAGGUCUUCAAUUCCAGAAAGAUCUGCGAAGUCACCUACGCUAGAGUUCAGGGACUGGAAGCGUUGAAAGAGCAUUUCAAGAACUCGAAGUUCCCGUGCGAGAUGGAGCAUUACCUGCCAGUGGUGUUUUCACCGCCUCGGGACGGGCGGCAACUCACCCACCCACUUCCCAUUGUUGGCGCCCAAACCCUUAAUAACAAUAUUAAUAUUAAUAUCUCCUCCUCUUCCUCCUCCCCCGUUUCUCUCUUGCUCCCUCCUGUGCCGCCUCAUCUUCACGAUCAACACGACCAUGAUAUGGAUGCGCCCGUGUCUACCUGCGACUCUGACGACGACGACGACGAUGACGACGAAGACAGCAGUCGAAGCGGCGGCGUUUUCAUGCCCGACGACGACGACGACGACGAUGAUGAUGAUGAUGAUGACGAACGAGACAGACAGACAGCUAGCGCCUCCCUAGAAACAAAAGGCUAUACCUAUAAUACCCUCUAA